AUGGCGGACCGCCGCCCGACACUCGUCAAGGCCCCGCCCGUCAACGAGAGCAAGGCGCCCAUCGAGAACGCGCUCGAGCUGACGGAGCUGGGUAGUAUUGGGCCGGACCUCUUUACGAAUACGCGGGAGCUGUGGCAUCCGCCUGGUGCUAGGGGUAUCUACGGAGGCGCGGUUAUUGCGCAGACGCUUGCCGCCGCCCAGCGCACCGUCCCGUCCAACUUCGUCGUGCACUCGUACCACUGCUUCUUCGUGCUGGCCGGCGACGGGAGCGUGCCGAUCCUGUACCACGUCGAGCGCGUGCGCGAGGGCCGCUCCUUCUGCACGCGCACAGUACAGGCGCGGCAGCGCGGCCACGCCAUCUUCACCGUGACGUGCUCGUUCACGCGCGAGGCCAGCGGCGGCGCCAAGACGGUCUCGCACGCCGCACCCCUCCCCCCGGGUGUGACGGUUCCCGACGAGGAGGAGCCCGGGAAGGAAGAGGUCAUCGAGGGCGACAACUCGCCCUUCGAGAGCUUCCGGUGCCGGCCGCGCGACGAGGACGGCAAGGAAAUAACCCGGCAGGCCGAGGACGCGACGCCGCUCGAGCGGCGCAAGGUCUGGCAGUGGGUGCGGGCGCGCGGAAGGAUUAGCGAGGAGGGGGGGCAUCAGGCGCAUCUGAGCGCGCUGGCGUAUAUCAGCGAUUCGUAUUUUAUCGGGACGAUCUCGCGCAUUCAUCGGCUGUGGCGGUUCCCUGUGAGGCCCGAGGACGUGCAGAAUUUGCCGGCUGAGGCGAGGGACCGGCUGAAUCGGUUGAAUGACUGGGAUGGGUUUGGGACGCUGGAGGAGAUGCGGGGACAGCCUGAGGUGGGCAUGAUGGUUAGUUUGGACCACUCGAUCUACUUCCAUAACCCCAAAAAAGUCCGCGCCGACGAGUGGAUGUUCACCGAGAUGGAGAGCCCGUGGGCGGGCGACGGCCGCGGCGUUGUCAUGCAGAAGAUCUUCAGCAAGGACGGGACGCUCCUGGCUACGGCGUUUCAGGAGGGAGUCGUACGGCUGAAGCAGGAGGAUGGCGAGAAGGCUAAGUUGUAG